CCUCGGGAACCAGGCUAUCCAUUCAUGGUCAAGGUCAGUUUAUCAUGCCGAAGCUAAACCAAAACUAGGUCUCGAGCAGCUUACCUUUAUCCGUGUACAGAAUAACUAGAUACAUUCCUCAAAUAGCGACAAGAUGGCGUUGGAUCCCGGACAAAAAUGUCCCAUGGUUUUGCUAGCAGGCAAUUCCCACCCAGAGCUGUCACAACUUAUUGCACAGAGGAUUGGGAUAAGGUUAGGGGACAUGAAUGUGUAUCAUAAAACUAACAGAGAGACAAAUGUGGAAAUUAAAGAGUCUGUAAGAGGGAAGGAUGUCUAUAUCAUUCAGACGGGUACAAAGGAUGUCAACAAUGACAUAAUGGAGCUGCUUAUUAUUUCCUACGCAUGUAAAACAAGCGCCGCCCACAAUAUCAUCGGAGUCAUUCCCUACCUCCCAUACUCCAAACAGAGCAAAAUGAGGAAAAGGGGCUCCGUCGUUUCCAAAGUCAUGGCUACUAUGUUAGGGCAGUCAGGUCUAACUCACAUCAUCACCAUGGAUCUGCAUCAGAAAGAAAUUCAGGGAUUUUUUGACAUUCCAGUGGAAAAUUUACGAGCUUCUCCAUUUCUUAUUGACUACGUAGAGAGAUUGAUUCCAGACUACAGAAAUGCAAUAAUAGUGGCCCGCAAUCCAAAUUCUGUCAAACGUGCAACGUCUUAUGCUGAGCGACUGCGAUUAGGUAUUGCUGUCAUUCAUGGAGAGGAAAAAUAUGAUGAUGAAGACAAGGAAGAUGACGGAAGAAAUUCACCCCCACCACCGUCCAGAGUAGAAUAUAAAAAGAUUGAAAUUCUGCCAGCUAUCCAUUUUGCGAAAGGGAAACCCAGAGCAAAAGCUUUACUACCAAAGGAGAAGCCUCCACUUAAUGUAGUGGGUGAUGUUGGUGGAAGGAUUGCCAUUAUUGUGGAUGACAUGAUAGAUGAUGUGAAUGCUUUUGUUAAAGUAGCGGAGGUUUUGAAGGAUCGAGGAGCGUACAAAGUGUACGCCAUGGCAACCCACGGUCUUCUGUCAUCAGACGCACCAAGACUCAUUGAGGACUCUUGUAUUGAUGAGGUUGUUGUUACUAACACAGUGCCACAUGAAAUUCAGAAAAUGCAGUGUCACAAAAUCAAAACAGUAGACAUCAGUAUCAUGCUUACGGAGGCGAUCAGGCGAAUCCAGAAUAACGAGUCCAUGUCCUACUUAUUCAGAAACAUAGGCUUGGAUGAUUGAUCUCGGGUGUAAAAUUCAUAAAAGACUACUUGAGCUGAUUGAAUGUUAUGAAGGAAUGGAUGAAUUGGUAUCUGUAAUCGGUAUUUUGAUAUUGUCAACCAGAUGACAGGGAAGAUGGAUCUUGACCAAAACACACAGGUCCGAGGCCUGUAAAAUCAGCUGGGAGCCACUAGGGAAUAAUAAAAUUUAAGAAAUAUAAGUCCAAUGGGUCUGUUGAUUUUUCAUCUCAACGCACUAGCAGACUUACUUCUAUUUAAACUAAAACAUAACACCCCCAUUGAAAUGACAUUGUAGCUUUGGUUGUUUUGUUAUUAUUCUCUGUUAAUAUUGGCCACAUUAUGUAAUUCUUUUUUGUCCUGAAGAAAUUUAUUUUGCAUGAUAUUCAUGUGUGUGAUUGUUCAUGUGGUUACUGCAUGAUAUUGACAUAUCCAGGGCUCCGUGUUUGCCCAACUCUCAAUUUUGUAUUGUUUAUAGCAAGGCGUUAUGAGAUUCAUCACUGUUAGUUAUCUUCACCUUUCAUGGUAAUUAUCAAACAAAAAGGAAUACACAAUAAAAUCAUGUGAGCCACUUUUCCCUGUGUACCUUUAGAUUGACGAGAAAAUAUUUUGGACCAUUUGGCAAUCAAAAGCAUUCAUGUUGUCUGAUAUACAUGUAUCAAUAUUGUUAAUGGAAUGUGCUAAUGAAAAUCAUGAUUGAAAAACACCAUAAGGAAAGCUUACUGAAGUGUAUGUAUAUACGUAUAAAUAUAAAGAAUCUCGUGCACUAUCAUGAUCUACUGACUUUCUUCCUCCAUGCACUGCAUACAGCGGUGUUUUGUUGACAUGUCGUUCAUGAAAAAGGAAUUCAUAAUUACAUUCUUCCAUUCCUAGUAACUUCCUUUAGGUGGUUAUACCAAAGUUGUAUUUUUAUUGCUAUCCAACUAUUUAUCUAACUAAAUUCAACUUAAUCUUCAAAAAUAUUUGCAUUUCCGUGUAAUGCAUACCUUUAAACAAAUUACAUGUAUAUACCUUUAAGAAAUAAAAACAAAACCUUAGAGAGAUUAAUCUUUGCAAAACAAAAAUUUCGGCUGAACAUUGCACACAUACUGGGGCAUAACUACUCGAGUAUUGUGAAACAAAGAAAAUUUGACUUGAUAAAUUUCAUUUUCCCUUCAGUGCAUGCAGUUUUAUAUCUAUGUAUAGAUUAAACAACAAACUGCAUGCCUGUAUAUGGUGUAGAUUCUAUCCUAUCAAUUUUCCUAGGUAAUUCUGAUCAUACAUCUUAUAUAUAUCAGUUCAUCAUCCAUACAGUAGUAAAUUAAUAUUUUUAAAAAAACCCAUGAAAACCAGGGAAAAAAUGGAUGACAUUAAUAUUCUCUAUAACUUUAUUUUUUGGAGGGAAGUCAUAUCGUGUUAACUUGUACAUUUUGUUUUGUCCUGUUGUUUAUACAGUGCCAAAGAUCCACCCAUCAUUUGAUUAUUAAAUCAGGUUGUAAAGCUAUUUAAAUGUUAACACUUGUGUUUAUGUUGUAGGAUAAAACUUGAAAUGUGUACAACAAAACAUGGCUAUAAAUAUUGAACCCUUGCACAAUGAAAUGCUGGUCAUAACAAGGUUUUAAAUUGAACUUCUUGUCUUUAGCAAAAUAUAAAAUAAUACCUUAUCUAAAUAAAUGAAACUUGAAUGUUUCUGAAUGGUGUUUUACUGUGAUUGUUGAUAAUUCUUAAUGAUGCAUAAUGUUCAUGCACAUUAUUAAGACUGCAUGUGAUGUACAUUUAUUUGUGUAUUAAAAGGAGGGAGUUGAUAGCCAAGCAACAAUCAAACUUGGAAAAGUCUAGUAUUUGUUUUAAAUGAUUUCCAUCAAAAUAAAAGUUUGGAAAUUAUA